AACCAGACUAUGAUCGUUAUCGUCGGGUUGGAAACCACAAGAAAUUUCGGGUUUGCGAACUGCAAACCCGAACAGUAAUAUCUUAUAUAAACCCAAGUCAACUUACUUAAUUCUCAGUGACCUUAGAAAGUCUGAAGUUCAAGAUUACAGAUCCAGCAGGACAACUAUAGGGUGCCUUUAAAAAAACUUUGUACGCAAGUGUCAACUCUUUCAAGCCUGCAAAGAUGAGGAUUUCCGUUAGUAUCGUUGCUCUUUUGAUGGCUGGGGUGCUGGUUGUGCCUUCUGAUUGUUCUGAACCAUCCUGGUUUGAUCGCUACGUCAGUAGCCCCAUUCGGACAGCAGGCGACUUUGUCAGUGGAGCCUACCAUGGAGCGGGCGACAUGUGGCGAAGCUACAGUGACAUGCGUGAGGCCAACUUUAAGACCCCUGGUACCGAUAAGUACUUCCACGCUCGGGGCAACUUCGACGCUGCUCAGCGAGGAUCAGGAGGUAGAUGGGCUGCCAGAGUUAUCAGCGAUGCCCGCGAAGGAUAUCAGGGAACACUGAGCGGCCAUGGUCCUGAAGAUACUCAAGCAGACCAGGAAGCCAACAGAUGGGGGCGCAAUGGCGGUGACCCCAACCGUUACAGACCCGCUGGCCUCCCAGAUAGAUAUUAAACAAUCUUUCUCACAACCAAAAUAUGGAGACAGUUUCCCAGCCGUAAAGUUUAAUGUUAACUGAAACAUGGAUUCCCCCACUGGAAAGCUUUCGUCGGUUAUCGGCCUGUUCAAGCUGACUUAAUUUUGAUCUUUUAUUCUUGUAUAGUAAGUUGGAAGCUUGGCGAAUAAAAAUCAAACCAUCAAUCAAGCUCGCUGUGUCAAUUGAUUAACCACUAUGGUAGACUAACUAAAUAAAUGCACUGUUUACUUCUCAAUUAUUCUUAAGCUACAACAAUUUAAACAUAGUCAUGGCCCUCUCCCGUUUGACACAAAUAGCUGUUUGGUUACGGCAAGCUGGAGGCAGUGAACAUCAUAUUUCUUCCUUUAUACAACUUAGUCUUAUGUAUUAUUCUUUUUUUGUUUGUAUAAACGCAUCCUAAAAUGAGUACAGAAUGUAACAUGCUAAAUGUAAUGAUGUAUUAUACAACAUGUGAAAUAUGAAAAUUAACUGAAACUGAACUGAACUGAACUGAACUUUUAUAAAGCACUAACAAGAUUUUAAGAUGAAUUACUGAGAAAUAUUACUGUGACAAUCACAAUUUGCUUACCAAAUCAAAUUGACACGAAUCAGCCAUUGUUGGUCAAGUAUCGAUAAAAAGACCUUUCUAUUUCAACGUAACAGCCCGCAUAGUUGCCAACCGAUGUUGGAAAACUAUGGAAAGCCAUAAAUGCAAAUCAAAAACAGAUAGCCAUAGUUUGUAGCAAUGUUACACAAAUUUUCCAAAAAUAAUGUUGAAUUUAUUGGAAACAAAUCAACCAAUCAUGGAAUCAAGUCAAUCAUGACUCUUUACCGAAAAUGUUGAUUUUCGGCCGUCCAUGCCAACCGGCGCACCUUGUUUAUAAACAAUGGCAAUGUCUUAUUAUAACUCGGAUAACCUGUGCUAUUCUUACCUUGGGAUUAAACAGGAUGAUAAUUUACAAAACAUUCCAUAAAAGCCUCAUAUACAACAUAUUUAUUUGAUAGCACAAUUUCGACUUAGUUUUCACUAGUUCUACUUCAAUUAUUUUACAAUGUAUGCCCAGAACUAUCUAAAUCAGCUCCUCACUCAAUGUAAGGGGUAACAUCCCCAAAAGUUGCACUCACUCUGCUUUUUGCAUAAUAAAUAUUUAAAAAAUCUACAAGUG